AUGCGGCCCGAUGGUAUCUCGAGUGCAAACGGCUUCUCUCAAGCGUCAAACGGGCUGGCCGCAUCACCGUCGCGGAAGGCGGCAUUCGCUCAUUCAUCCAAUGGCCAAUCAAGUCACCUUUCUUCGAACGGUGAUUCCCAGACGAACGGCUCCUCGAUCUUAUCGAAAGCCUCUUCCUCAUACUUUGGUCACGAUCGCGAAGAGGUAACGAGGAUCCUGAUCCAGAGUCUGUAUGAGCUUGGUUAUGAUGGGGCAGCGUCACUACUGUCCAAGGAAAGCGGUUAUCAGUUGGAAAGUCCGGCAGUGGGGAUAUUCAGAAGGGCAAUACUCGAUGGACGUUGGGCGGAGGCGGAGAAUAUCCUGAUUCAGUCAUUUACUCCAGACACUGAAGGGCGAAAUGCGGGCUUUGGAGGUGGGAAACCCCCCAUUACAGAGAAACUGGCAUUGGUGGAGAAUGCCGAAAAGAAUGAGAUGCUCUUCUAUCUACGGCAACAAAAGUUCCUCGAGCUGCUAGAAUCUCGUGAUCUUGGUGCAGCUCUAUUUGUGCUCCGGCACGAGUUGACUCCUCUUAACUAUGACGUGGGACGGCUUCAUGCUCUGUCGAGUCUGUUGAUGUGUCCUCCUGAGCAUCUUCAUAACCAAGCUGGCUGGGACGGCUCUAUUAGUUCUUCACGGGAGCGGUUAUUAACAGAGCUUUCAAAAUCUAUAUCCCCAUCAGUGAUGAUCCCAAGUAACCGUCUUGCGGUUUUGCUAAACAACGUGAAGCAAAAUCAAAUUAACCAGUGCUUGUAUCACAAUAGUGCCAAUCCUCCCUCGUUAUACUCGGAUCACAUGUGCGACAGGAGCGAUUUUCCACUUCGAACUGGGAUCGAGUUGAACCAGCAUACCGAUGAGGUCUGGUACUGUCAAUUCUCGCACGAUGGGACGAAGUUGGUCACGGCAGGCCGGGAUCGGCAUGUGUAUAUCUAUGACACCAACACCUUUGCCGUAUAUCGGCAAUUGGAAAAGCAUGAGGAUGGUGUUGCGCAUGUCAGCUGGAGUCCAGAUGACACUAAGCUCAUUACCUGCUCUCAGGAUAAGAAAGCUCGCGUUUGGAGUGUUGAGACCGGUCGCUGCCUUUUAACGAUCAACCACCACCGGCAACCGGUGACAGCUGCCGUCUGGGCUGCAGAUGGAGAGUCUUUCGUAACAGCGUCUCUUGACCUGGGUUCGCAUCUGUGCCACUGGAGUAUGCGAGGUGAUGCCCUCUAUACGUGGCAAGGCGGCUUCCGGGUCCAUGACUGUGCUGUCACCCCUGAUGGACGACGGUUGAUUGCUGCGGACGUCGAGGAGAAGAUCCAUGUUUACGACUUCGCCACUCACGAAGAGGAGUAUUGCCUUGCAUUGAAGAGCAAACCCACCUCUGUUGCUGUCAGCAAAGAUUCGCGAUAUAUGCUCGUAAAUCUGUCCGAGGGCCAGAUACAGCUGAUUGAUCUUGAUACCACCGAGGUUGUGAGGCGUUUUCGAGGACAGAAACAGGGCGAGUUCGUGAUCCGAAGUACUUUUGGUGGAGCUGCUGAGAAUUUCGUAGUCAGUGGGAGUGAAGAUUCUCGAAUCUACAUAUGGCACAAAGAGAACGGAGCCCUUGUAGAAACAUUAGAGGGACACACUUCCGGGUGUGUGAAUGCGAUAUCUUGGAAUCCCACAAAUCCGGGCAUGUUUGCUUCCGCAGGCGACGACUGCUUGGUUAGGAUCUGGACCCGAGAACGGGACCUGCAACAAUUUACUACAACGAGUAAACACAAGGCACCGUCGACGAAUGGCUCCGCGCGCACAAGUGCGUUACGAUCAACAUCCGGCUUCUGA